AUGAAAGAUGCCUACACCCUCAACUUCUUCGAGAGCAACAUAAGCCGCCUGCCGGAAUGGUGCAACAAAGAUGAUUCAAGCUGCAAUGGACGGGGAAGGCGAAGAGGAGCACUUGGUGGAGGAAAGGGAGGUGGAAAUGGUGGCCUUCACCGGCCCCCGCAAACCCGUCUACAGAAAAGGAUCAGGAGAGACUCGUCUUCAAUUUUGGCGAUCUCAGCGUCUUGGUGCGGGGAUACCAGCACGUUCAUCUUCCCCUGGGCGGAGGUCACUGUUACAUUGGAGGAUGUGAUGAUUCUUGGGGGCUUUCCGGUGGCCGGCGAGCCCAUAAGGGGCCCUUUGCACGGGGAGCUCAAAGAGAUCGAGGUGCAAAUGACGGCUGAGCGCAAAAGUUUCAGUCGGUCCCCAAGCAAAAGGCCUAAUCAUAAUCAGUGGAUGAUGCGUUACAUGGAGUGCGAAGGUGACGAGUUAGAGCACAUUGCGUUUCUUGCGUUAUGGCUGUCAAGGUUCGUCUUCCCCGCUCACGCUUUCAAGACUGUGACGCAGAGCGUGCUUCCUGUGGCCAUUAGACUGGCACGAGGCGCGAGGAUCGCCCUUGCGCCUGCGGUGCUUGCAAGCCUCUAUCGAGACUUGGGGAAGGUGAAGGAUUAUUUAGCCGACAGAGGUAGGCAAAAGGUGUCAUCUUUGGUCAUAUGGGCUCCUUUCAAUCUACUUCAGCUGUGGAUUUGGGAGCACUUUGUGGCCUUGAGGCCUGCAGGGCUAAAUGAAGUCAACGACUGUGAACCGAGAGCAGCAAGAUGGCAUAACGUCGGAAAGAAACUCAAGCUGGCAUUAUUGCGUUCAGUUCUUGAAUCGCCUAAUGAGUUCCAGUGGCGUCCUUACACUGUUGGUUUGAGGAAUUGGCACAAACCAUGUUUCUACAAGGACAAGGGGCUGUGGAUUCAUAGCGUUGAAACCCCAGGUGUGGAGCUGAAAUCCUUUGCCCAGUUCUUGAGGAGAAGCGAGCUAGUCGGGCUAGAUUGCAUUGAGCAGUAUUCUCCACAAAGGGUGGCAAUGCAAUUCGGGCUGGAUCAGGACGUACCUGGUUCCGUUGUCCGGACUAAUUUGACCUGGGAAGCAGCAUGGGAGACCUAUGACAUAUCCAGGAAAAAUAUUGUGUUCUAUAUCCCUCCCCAGCUGUUUGAAUCAGAUGUCACUCUCCAGUAUUCAGUUUGGUGGAAGCAGAAGAUUCGACCUCGUGCUACUGGCACGAUUAGUAGUGUGGAACAACCAAAUAGUUCUUUGAAGAGUGCGAAAGUAAUUGCAGGUAAAGUAAGGGGUGUUAAGAAGAUGAAGUCAGUCCAGGUUUUGACUUUCGGCAAGAAAAGGACCAUGCAAGAGUGUUAUGAUAGUGACACCACACUUUCUCACUGGUUUGCUUGUAAUGAUAAUCAGGAAAGCAGGGAAAACAAAUGCAUAAAAACUCAGAAACAUUCAUUAACAUCUUCAGAGAAGCAAAUGCGGCCUAUUCGAGAACAAAAGUCAAAUAAAAUGCCAAAGCUAUCUCAAAAGUUUCCAAAGGAUAUAAAACAGAAUUCAAGUACCCAAUGGCAAACCAAGAGGAAGCAAACCAAAGAAGCAUCUUCCACUGAUCGAUUGGAUGAGGAGAAGCAACUCGAGAGACGGACUGCUGGAGAAUAUGCAUGUGAGCAGAUGCUAAUUAAAAACAGCAGAGAAGCUCUUCAACCUGCACAAUCAGAUUUCUCAAUAGAACUUACAGAAGUUACCAAACAAGAGGAAAAUUCAACAAAAGGCAAACAAUCAAAGAUUCAUGUGAAAUUCAAGAUGUUAAAGCAUGAAAACACUAAGGGCAAGGAGGAUGGAGUGUUGUUGACUGAAGUUACUGAGACAGAAGAUGUGCGAAAAAUAAACCUCAAGGAAGAAAAUUCCCAGGAAAAAGAGGUCGAGGGAAAAAAUGCUGGAGAGCAACAGGUUAAAAACUUGAACAAUGAAAAUGCGGAGGAUGAGGAAGAUAAGACAUUUGUUGAUAAAUUUGAUAAUGAAAACGUUGGAGAAAUGCAAAUUAAAAUGUUAAAGAAGCAAAAUUCUGCAGACAAGAAUGAUAAGGAAAUUAUAAGAAAUGAUUACAGAGAUUCUGGAGAAUCCUUUUUUGACCAGAUACUGAAAAUGGUACCUGAAAAAACUCUUCCUCUGGAACAGGAAGAGAAACUGAAACAGAGAAAAGGAAAGAAAUUUUCACCAAAAGCUGAAGAAUCAGUGCAUGAAAUGGAGAUAAAAGAACUCAAGAAAGAAAUUGCUGCAAUAGAGGCAAGAGUAAUGGCCUUGGAAUCACUGGCUGAGGUUCAUACCUAGCAUAAUAACACCUAGUUUGUGCUUUCUUUAGUAGUUAGUGUACUGAAAAUGAGAUGCUAUACUUGUUUUGCUGACUAACAUUUAGCUAAUCAAAUGCUUUUAGUUUCUUCAACUGCAUGAAAUGUUGUUUGAUAGUAAACAAUCUUUUUAUGCUGAAUAUUUGAUGAUUAAAGUUAGAGAUAGGAUGCUUCUUAAGUGCAAAUCUUGUAAUCCUUCUAAAGUUGCACAGAAGGCUUGUUAUAACAUAUUGUGCUUGUAGAAACAACCAACUUAUAAAAAAGGCUUCUGCAUCUUGCAGACUGUUGUA